UCUUUGGAGCACAAGAAACUGAACAAGAACCAUUUGAUGAGCAGCUGUUCCAGAUGACUGGAAAAUACCUUUUUAAGAUCAGAGAAGAGAACAGACUUCCCCAAGUGUCUGUGCAAAAGGUGGCACAAGCUACAUCAGAGUUACUCACAGUUGCUAUGAAAGGACUUAAAAGGAAGGUGGAUGAAAUUCUAACUGAUCAUAACGUAGGUCAACUGCAUGAAAUUGACGAGGCAUUUGAAGAUUGUGUUACUCCUUUUCAACAUCUUAAAACAACCUGGAUGUUAUCUCAGUUUCAAGAUAAAAUGGAUUCUUAUGUGGAGCCAAAGAGGAUCAUCCUAAACAGUACUAGAGUGUACAAAAAAGUGAAAAACAAGUACAAGUGUAUGGAAGUUGAAAAAGACUUUUAUUAUGUCAGUAUACUGAAAACCUUGCAAGAGCAACUUCAAUUCAAGGACAUUCUUCAAAUGGUUUUUUCAAACAGUGCAUCAUGUUUACAAAAUAAUGAGUAUUUAGAGGAUUUUGAUCAAGGUCUUUUAGUUAAAAAAAUGCAUCCCUUAUUUUCAUAUGAUGACUCUGCCCUUAAGCUUUUGAUAUAUUAUGAUGAUGUGAACAUAGUCAAUCCCAUGACGAACAAGGCGCAUCAACUUGGUUUCUUUUAUUAACAAUUAGCAAACAUAAAACCCGAGUAUAGGGCAAAAACUAAAAUCAAUACACAUCUUUGCUAUUUGCAAAAAAAAAAUACAUCAAGGAAUUUGGUUUGAACGAAGUGCUUGAGCCAUUAGUCAAUGACCUAAAAGUACUUGGCUCUGAUAACGGUUACGACUUUGAAAUAAGAGCAGGAACCGUCAAGCUACAAGUAAAUAAUAGGGCAAAACUUUUAGAAGCACCUUACUUUGAUAUCUCAAAGCAGGCACCCCAAGACAUCAUGCAUGUUUUUCUUGAAGGCCUUUUGAGUUAUGAACUGAAAUUUUUUUUCGAGCAUCUUUUUGAAAACACCCAAUUAACAUUGAAUGCCUUAAAUUAUAAGAUAGACAACUUUGCAUAUGGAUAUUCAGAAAUCAAAGAUAAGCCAGCUCCUAUUCAAUUGACAGAUCUAGAGUUCAAAUCAAGCACCAACCUUGGACAAACUGCAAGCCAAAUGUGGCAGUUUGCAAAAAUUCUUCCUUUGAUCUUGUUUGGUGUAGUAGACAGUGAUGACCCAAAAUGGAUGAACAUCAUGUCUCUUCUCGAAAUUAUGGGCAUUUGUUUUGCCCAUAAGAUAAGCUAUUCCUCUGUCAUCACUCUAAAAAGAUUAAUCAAGGAGCAUUUAAUGUCAUUUAAAAUGAUAUAUCCCAAUGCAAGGAUAACACCAAAGCAACAUUAUUUAGUGCACUUACCAACACAAAUAUUAAUGUUGGGACCACUGAUAAGAAGUUGGUGCAUGAGAUUUGAAGGCAAACAUUCUUACUUCAAAGACAUGGCACGCAAGAUCAAAAACUUCAAGAACUUACCUUUAUCUUUGGCUGUAAGACAUCAAACUAUGGAAAGUGUAAGUGCUAUUCAUCUUGACCAAGAGAUCAAUGACAACAGUCCAUUAUCAUGUGAGUUCCAUACCAAGCUUGGACAUGGAAAACUGUUAGAAGGCCAUGAUAAAGACUAUGCAAGGAAUUUGAUAAGAACAUUCUAUGAAAUACCAAAUUCAGAAGGUGUGAAAGAUGUCCUUUAGUGCAAUUCCAUAACUUUUUGUGGUACCCUUUAGAAAGUUGGUCAAAAUAAUUUCAUCAUUAUUGGUUUUGAUGAUCUUGGAUUUCCACAGUUUGGAAGACUGACAAAAAUAUGGCUGCUACCUCAUGAAUUUAACAAGCCAUUCUUUGUUGUUACGGCAUUGGAAACUGUGUCAUUUUUUGAAAAGCUCAAUGCCUACAAGAUAGAAGAGCCUGGAACUGCUCAAGGCUACGUUGUUAUUGCUCAUAGCAAACUACCAUAUUACAAAGUGUUUCACGCACAUACGGGAAAUGAUGCAUCAUUCAUUGUGGUCAUGGAACUUUAGAAGUACUUA